AUGGGUAGGAAGAACGGAAAGAUAAUCAAAGGGAGGGUGUCAAGACCCGGCAGUUAUGCAAUACACGCACCCAUAAUCGACCCGACUUGUGUUUCUUGCACCACCUUCAACAUUCUUGCCCCCAUUUACAAAAGACUCAAUCCCGAGGAUCAGACUUGCAGGGAAAGUGACGUGAAAGAUUAUUGGUUACAAAGGAAUAAUAGGAUUUUGGAUUGGUUGUUGUAUGAAAGAUCUUCCAUAAUUUGUCUUCAGGAAUUCUGGGUUGGGAAUGAAGAGCUUGUUAAUAUUUAUGAUAAGAGGCUUGGUGAUGCUGGAUAUAUCAAUUUCAAGCUUGCACGGACAAAUAAUCGCGGCGAUGGUCUCUUGACUGCUGUACAUAAGGACUACUUUAGGGUCAUCAGCCAUCAAAAUUUGCUUUUCAAUGAUUUUGGUGACCGUGUUGCUCAGCUAUUACACGUUGAACUUAUUGCACCCUCCUCACAAUGUCGAAAUAGCAAUCUUUGCCGAGAAAUACUUAUAGUGAACACUCACUUAUUGUUUCCACAUGAUUCAAGUUUGUGCUUGGAAAGACUGCGACAGGUCUACAAAAUAUUGGAAUAUAUUGAAUCAUAUCAAAUAGAAAACAAGCUCAGUCCAAUGCCUAUUGUACUCUGUGGUGACUGGAAUGGAAGCAAGAGGGGUCAUGUUUACAAAUUUCUUAGAUCUCAGGGAUUCGUAUCGUCAUAUGAUACUGCUCAUCAGUACAGCGAUUCAGAUGAUCACAAGUGGGUAAGCCAUCGGAAUCAUCUUGGGAACAUCUGCGGUGUAGAUUUUAUAUGGCUCCUUAAUCCUAAUAGAUAUGGAAAAUUACUGAAAACGAGUUGGAGUGAAGCAGUGUUUGCAUUGUUCAAAUAUCAACUUCGGCGAGCCUCUUUGACGGAGGACGAUGCAUUUGCCUUUCUGAAGGCUGAUAGUGAUGGCGAUUACAUUACCUUCUCCGGUUUCUGCGAAGCAUUGCGACAGCUUAAUUUGAUCGGUCACUGCUAUGGACUGAGUGUUGAAGAGACUAAUGACUUGUGGGUACAAGCAGACAUUGAUGGCAAUGGUGUUAUUGAUUAUAACGAAUUUAAGCAACGAAUGUGGAAUACAACAUGGUCGGAGGAAAGAGACGAAGUGAGCAAUGAGGUCGGAGACGAUGUCAAUGUAACGGAGCAAACUAUAGGUUUCAAUGUCGAGAAUGCUAUUCUAUUUCCCGUAGAAGUAGAGAAAGGAAUGUGGCCGGAAGAUUAUUCACUUUCUGAUCAUGCCCGACUCACCGUGGUUUUUUCGCCAGUGAAAAUGCCAUGUUCUCCGAGAGCAACAAAAGACGACCGCAGGGCGCAGACCUCUCCGAUUCGCAACACUUCGCUUAGAAGGAAAAAGAAUAGUUAUUAUAUUAGUCAUAAGAGAGAUUCAAAGCUCACUACCCCGUCUUAUCCGUUGAUGUGA